UAUAGUCAUGGCUGAGAGGAGACAGUACCAGCAGCCCCUCUUCACACUGUGAAAGAAGAGACAUGGAAGGAAAGCUGGGAUUGUCUCAGUGCUGUUGCCUCUUGAAGUCAGAUUGUGUCGUCCUCUUCAGAGCCGUGUGACACAGAGUUUAUUAUGGAGGAUGUGAAGCCUGAGGGCUGGCGGCAGCUACUUCAGCCCCGUGGUGCAGCUGGCAAAAACAGCACGAGUCUCCUUCGCAGGUCCUCAUCAUGGAGGAGGCCUGGAGAGCGGGGUUAUUACGAGGGCCCCGCGGCGCAGGUGAAUGAGCCCCCUCGCAGAGCUCGUCCGCUGAGCUGCAUAGAGGGUGGCAGGAUGGACAAAUGGCUUCAGACGCUGGAGAGACUCCAAUCACGUCAGCUUCAGAAUCAAAUUCCUCCGUUUGCAGACAGGGCCGUAUCAAUGCCCUUUCUCCAGAAUGAGAUGGCGGAAAGUAACCUGCUGUGUCCUGAUGUUUCCUCUUUCCGCAGGAAGGAUCAGACCCCUAGCGUCUGUCCCAGUGUGUGUGAAAGCUUCUCAAGCAGCCUGGAGUCGGUUCACAUUAAAGCUGCUCCCGCUGCAGAAAGAGCUGAGUUCUGCGCUCUCGCUCCAGUUCGCUUUGGCUGGCUGCCCAUACAAAGACGUGUGAUACUGACGGACAUUUCUGACAAAAGCCAUGACAAAAGCAGGUGCCAGCAGAAACUGAAGUCUCCCAUCACCCCAGUGUUGCUCAGCGCUCCUGCCAAACUUAAUGGACCAAGACCAAAUGACAGGAAAACUAUGAGGCCUGAACCUGUAGGUUUCAGACACUGGAGGACACCUGAAAAAACACCAUCCGUCCUCCAUCAGGCUUCAGGAUCCGUGAGCUCCGAGGGAGGACGCAUUGGACCGCAAGCCAGGAAUCCGAAAGCCGAGAUGGACACGGGCCACGCUGGACCUCAUCCCACACGCAGGCGUGGAAGUGAACCGGAGUCCUUCAGCUCUUCAAUAUCAUCUAUCACUAUCACUUCCAAGAAGGUCGCACAAACAAACUCCAGGCCUCAGAAUGACCUCGCCAAUGGACAAAGAAAAGCCCUAGUGGUCAAAGUCACCGAAGAGAGGACGAAAAGCGCCACCAGCCAGCCCGUCGCCAGUCGAGAAGAAAUGGAUCACGGCGUGGUACUGAGAAGAAAAGCAACCAUUGUGAAAAUGACCGAACAGAGAGAGCGGUUCAGUACGGGGCAGUACAGACACAGCUAUACUGAAGGACUCAACGAAAACCAGUUAAACACUGAAUCUAAAGUCAAUCCCUCACCUUUAAACCAACCAUUAACUAUAGCUCUAGAGCCAGGAGGAAACCAGUGGAGGUCCCACCACAGAUCUAGCCUCUCAUUUUACCUCAACAACCCAAAUGACAGCACCACAACAUGUGAGAGCGGCACCAAAAAAUACAAGCCACCUCGAAGGCCUCUCAGCUGCGACGCAAGCCUGUUUAACCGCACAGAACUUGGCACUAAUGCAGUUGCACAUCCAGCGUUUCACAACAAGAGCUCUCCUGUUCCCCAGAAGACAAAUAUUGACCUUGUUAGUUCCAGCAGCAGCGAAGCAAGAAGGCGCUCGGCCUCCGGUGGCGAAGACGGGAGCGUGAGGAAAGAGGGAUUUGAGUCGGAUCGAAGCGAGCGAGAAGAACCUAUUUCGGGAAUCAAACCUCUCACGCUACUGAAAGCAGCAGAUAACUCGACUGAUCUGAGCGCAGACGCCGUCCUGGCCCUGAACGCCGCUGCGGUUAUCGCCAACAUAAAGCUGCAGGCCCGGCAGAGACGAACUACAUCCCACACAGCAGCAGCAGCCGAGGAUAGAGGGCAAAAUGAACACGGAGAGCCCAGAGAAGAUGCUAAUGGGAAGAACAAAACAUGUCCAGGGGAUCAAUGUGUGGAUUUUGUCUCAUUUGAGUCCCAAAAUGACCUUCCUGAAACUGCUUCGGCUCCACUGUCACUUAGCGAGGCUUUAGCGAUCAGUCGGCCUGAUUUCAUCCAGCGCUCACAGGCCAGAGUUCGAGCCCUGGAGAGGAGAUCGCAGGAGAGGCAGAACUCCCACAGCUCACCGCAGACACCCGAGAGCGGAGAAAGCCUUGUGAAAUCCAAAGACAGAAGCAUGAUGGGAAAGAGUCUACAGCUGCGGUCCAGGAGGAGUUAUAACCAGCUCCCUGAAGUGAAGAAGAGGAAAGAGGAAGAAAAGAGGAAAAAAGAAGAGGAGAAAAGAAAACUGGCAUCUCGGACCAACAGGCUGCGGGCAGAGCUCUUUAAAAAGAAACUUCUGGAGCAGAUUUUGCAGAGAGGAGGAAAUCACUGACACCGCCUUGGACUCGUGUUCCUUCUCACUCCACAGUCCUCAUGCCGGCCCUUGAAAUAUAUGACGUGACAUUAGUUGCAAACGUUAUGGAAUAGUUCCUUUCAAAAUGAAUGUGCCUUAAACAUGGACUGCAGCCUCAUUUCUGUGGCUCUGGAUUACAUCUUCCUCUCUCUCUGUGCAAACUGUGGUUUGAAAUAAUUAAGGUUUCUUAAUGUCAAGACUCUUAUGUUCCACUAGGCUGCAUUUAUUUGCUUAAAAAUACAGUAAAAACAGUAAAAAUUGUGAAAUAUUAUUACUAUUUAAAAUAACUGUUUUCCAUUUGAAUAUAUUUUAACAUGUAAUUUAUUCCUGUGAUGCAAAGCUGAAUUUUCAGCAUUAUUGCUCCAAUCUUUAGUAUCACAUGAUCCUUUAGAACCAUUGUAAUAUGCUGAUUUGCUGCUUAGGAAACAUUUAUUAUCAGUGUUUGCUGCUUUAUAUUUUAAUGGAAACCUUGCAUGGAUUCUCCAGACAGUAUCACAUGAUACUGAUGAAGACACUGAUAAAGUCUUCUGCCUUCUUUGAGAUGCCACAGUUGCCUUAAAGAUGGAUUGUUUGCCCUUUCUGUCUCUCUGUCCUUGUCAUAUUACAUUACGUAAGAGACACAACAUAAAAGAGCACAUUACGGCUCUGGUCGUCAUCGCUAAAAGCCUAAAAUCCAAGAUUCUUAUAACAUGAAGGGCCUGAUCACACUCUCAGCCUUGCAGUCGCAGGUUCUGCGGGCUCAUUAUGACAUCAGUAGCCUUCCUCUGUCCGUGUCUCUCUGAGCCAUUAGCCGGGAGCAAAAGGAAUUUGACCUCGUCUGAAUAGGAAUGCAUCACUAAUGGAGUCGAGCACUCGCGCGGGGUGAAAGAGGCUUUUGUCCUCUGUCCGAAUGAGCCAAGACAGUCCCACAUGUGCCUGCUCAGACGGGACAUGACUGUGCAAUAGUCUACAAGCC